AUGAAGCUAUAAUUGAGACUUUGCUAUCUUCUGGAUUAGACAUAGAUUCAAGGGGUAAUGAUGGUACAACACCCUUAAUGGUGGCAGCUGCUAAAGGAGACGAGAAGACAGUAGACCUUCUUCUCAGCAAGGGAGCUGAUCCACACCUUAAAAACUUCAUUGGAAGAAAUCUGCUUCAUGCGGCAGCUGAAGGUGGCAACAUUUCCAUUGUGAAGAGCAUGCUCUCUCGUGGCAUUGACAUUGAUUCAAAAGAUGAUGAAUCCUCAGUCACCCCACUGAUAAUUGCUGUCAAGGAAAACCAUGUUGAAGUUAUGAAAUAUCUUCUUCAAAAGGGUGCAGACAUAUCUUUGACAACUGGAUCUUACGAGAGGAAUGCUUUACACAUAGCAUCACAGUACGGAAGUGUUACAGCAAUUGAGAUGUUGCUCUCUUAUGAUUUAAGACCUGACUCAAGAGAUAGAGAGGGAAACACGCCAUUAGUCUCUGCUGCAGCUUGUGGACAGAUAGAGGCUGUAAAUUGUCUUCUUAAACAUGGAGCAGAUCCAUUCCUGAGAGGGGAACAUGGAUGGAGCCUUCUCCACUUUGCUGCUCAGUCUGGCAAUGUCAUCAUUAUUGAGACCAUACUUUCUAAAGGUCUUGAUGUGGAUUCCAGAGGUGAAACUCUGGGUUUAACCCCUCUGAUGGUUGCCAUUAAAUCUGACAAAUUGGAGGCAGCAAAAUAUCUGCUUGAGAAGGGUGCCAAUGAAAGUUUGAAAACCACUCAGAGAGAAAUCCCUAUUUUGUCCAUUGCAUCAACAGUUGGUUCUGUUGCAGCCAUUGAGAUGCUGCUCUCACGUGGUUGUAGCAUUGAUUCUAGAGAUGAUGGGGGAGACACACCAUUGAUGCAUGCUGCACGUUGUGGAAAUACAAAGGUUGUAGAAUAUCUUCUUGCUCAAGGUGCUAAUCCAUUACUUAGAAAUACAUCAGACCUUGGACUGCUCCAUUUAGCUGCUCUUUCUGACAAUGUUCUCACUAUUAAGGCUGUGCUCUCUAAAAAUCUUGACAUAAAUGCUAUGUGUACAGUCCUUGGUAUCACUCCACUGUUGUUUUGCUUGACACAGGGUAAACUGCAGGCUGCAAACUAUCUGCUUGCAGAGGGUGCUGAUGAAAAUUUGAAAAGUAAGGACGGGUGGACUGUCCUAUCUGCUGCAGCAAUCAGUGGUAACGUUGCAGCCAUUGAGAUGCUGCUUAAGCGUGGUCACAACCCUAAUUCCAGGGAUGGUUGUGAUAAGACACCCUUAAUGUGGGCUGCAGAGAUGGGAAAAAAAGCAGCUGUAGAAUUUCUUCUUCCUCUCACACACUAAAAUGUUGUGAAAGGCCACAGAGGCCCACACUUUUAAGAAUACUUGCACAGGUGUAGUUAGAUGUAAUAAAUAUUAGUUUUUAAAUGAAUAGGAGAAAUUCCAAGUUUUUGUUACAUUUAUAAUGGAUUGGAUGAUUAUUGUCUUUAAUUGUAAUUACUCAUAAGUUUGUAUUUAUCUUGAUGAUAAUCCAGGGCAACCAUCCCCAACCCAGCAGGUCAAAGGUGGCAGAUAGUGAAAGGCCUUGACUGAAGAUUAGCUCCAAAUAAGCUGGCUUCCCAGUGAAUAAGGAGUUGCAGACCAAACUGGCGGUGUACUUACCAGGAUGGGGUGAGGCUGCAGAUGGCACUGCUUCCUCUAUAAAAUGCUCCAUAAAUCCAAUGACAAGUACAUCAGGCGGGAAAGGGCCGCCUUUAAAGCCCUAGCCCGGGCAGGUGGAGCUCGUUAGCCUGGGAGGGCAAUCCACUUAAGAGAAGGAUUACUUCAUCCAAACCUAUCUAGUGCCAGGUGUUAUGGACAAUUAAGUCAUGCAAUUACCCUGGGUUCAAGGACAUGACAGAGAGUCCUUUACCCAUGCUCUAGCUAUGGGUAAAUAGUUGUUGUUCUUU